AUGGAGUACUUAAGCAGAUCAUUCAUUGAAAUGGGAAAGGACAAGUUGUUUCAAUAUCAUCCUAGGUGCAAAAAAUUGGGCAUAACUCACCUGAGUUUUGCUGAUGAUCUUCUUCUUUUUUCCAGAGGUGAUCUUCUUUCUACAUCCACCCUUUACCAAUACUUUUCUCAGUUCUCAAAGGCAUCUGGAUUACAAGCUAAUAUGGGUAAAAGCUCAGUGUAUUUUGGGGGAGUGAAUCAGGUUGUUAAGCAACAAAUUUUGAACUAUCUUGGAUUUGUACAAGGGGAGUUGCCUUUUAAAUACUUAGGCGUUCCUUUAUCUUCCAAGAAAAUUGCAUUGAUCCAAUGGCAACCCUUAAUUGAUAGAAUCACAGGAAAGAUCUCUUCUUGGACUACAAAAAAACUUUCUUAUGCUGGUCGAAUACAAUUAGUCAAAUCUGUUAUCUUUGGUAUUCAAGCUUAUUGGGCUCAUCUGUUUAUUCUGCCUUCUAAAGUGUUAAAGAUGAUAGAUGCUAUGUGUAGAAGCUAUAUUUGGUCUGGUAGUAAAACUAUUACCAGAAAGACCUAUGUGGCAUGGGACAAAAUGUGUACUCCAAAAUCGACUAGAGGUAUGAAUAUCAUUAACCUGAUGAUCUGGAACAAGGCUGCAAUUGCUAAAGUAUGCUGGGAUUUAGCCCAUAAAGAAGACAAAUUGUGCAUUAGGUGGAUCAAUGCCUACUACAUCAAGCAUCAACAGAUUCAGACUAUGCCUAUCCCGAAGCAAGCUAGUUGGAUGGUUCGAAGAAUAAUAGCUUCCAGAGAUGUCCUACAACAAAUUCAGUGCACAAGGGGUGACAAAGAGACUAUCAGACAUAUGUAUUUACAACUGCUGGGAGACUUGCCAAGAAUGAGUUGGAAGAGCUUGGUAUUUCAAAAUGCUGCUCGACCAAAGGCUAUUUUCAACCUAUGGUUAAUGCUACAUGGGAGAUUGCCUACCAAAGACAGAAUAGCAAGCUGGGGAAUGACCAUUGAUAGAAGCUGUGUAUUAUGCCAGGGACAACUAGAAACAAGAGAUCAUCUGUUUCUACAUUGUUCUUAUGCAACGGAAUUAUGGAGUAGAAUAUGGAAAUGGAUUCAGGAAGAUCAAGUAAGCUACAGCAAUUGGCAACAUCAUCUUCAAUGGAUCAUCAAGAAAGCAAAAGGAAAAUCCAACCAGGCCAAUAUCUGCAGACUGGUAUUCACAGAAGUAUCCUAUGCAUUAUGGCUGGAAAGAAAUAAUCGUAUCUUUGAAAACAGAUAUCGUCACUGUGAUAGUAUAGUGCGAGAGAUAGCCUAUAUUUGUAAUGUUAGAGUUGAGCCCAAAGCUAGAAUUCAAUUACAGAAAUACUUAUUAGUAUAG